AUGAGUCAUAGCAAUGAUCCAAAACAGUUGAGUCCAUCUUCAACUCAACACGCCACUGAAGAUGAGAGACCAAACACUGACAUUGCCAUUGAGUUUGGCUACAGACUAAAGGACCUGACGUUCAAUGAUGCAAUAGUUAUCAACAAGUUGAUGCACUUUGCCCGCGACAAUAUCAAAGCCUCUGCAGAGAUUGCUGCUUUGGUUGAGGACAGGAUUAGUAAGAGUACUUCUCACACUCAAAGACUUGCAACUCUUUACCUGAUGGACUCGAUAAUAAAGAAUGUGGGCAGAGCAUAUAAAACGAUAUUCGCCAGGGACCUUGUCAAUACCUAUUGUAGUAGUUUUGAGGCUGUCGACGAUACCGUCAGGAUAUCACUACUCAAGCUCUAUAACACAUGGUCCGUCCACUUUGAACCUGCCCUACUGGAGCAGAUCCAACAACGAUUGGGCAAUGAGGAGAUGGCUCGCAUUGGGGAGCUCAUCAAGCUGUUGCCACCCAAGCAACCCAACAAACAGAACGUCCAUCAUCGACAGUCUCAACCGCCUCCACAGACCAAGCCACAGCAACCUAUGCAGCGUCCACAACAACCACCACAACAGCCAAUGCAACAGCCACAGAGACAGCCACAGCCACAGCCACAACCACAACAGCCAAUGCAGCAGUUCAACCAACAACAGCGACCAAUGCAGCCAUUCAACCAGUCACCUUUGCAACAACCUCAACAACAACAAAUGCAUAAUCCCAUUCACCAAAAUGUAAAGUGA